GACCAGAUUUCCCCGUGGACCUGGAGAACUGCAUCACCCUGGAUGAACUGGAAGAAGAAGAAGAAGAAGAACAGUCCGAUGACUCAGCGGCUGCAGCUGAGCUCAAGUCUCCGACCACCAGAGUCAUUUUCUUCAAAAAACUGCCGCUGCGUUUCUACACCGACGCCGGGUUUGUCCAACUGGUCAAAGGUGUUGGAACAGCGGUGCGCUACUUCCUGAUCCGCCGACAGCAACAGGGUUUCAUCGAGAUGUCGACGUCUGCUGAAGCAGUGAAAGCAGCACAAGUUCUGAACCAUAAAACCUUUCACGGAUCCAGACUCUUCGUCAACAUCUCCCACAAAUACACCCGACUAGUGAACGGGUACGACGUUCAGUCAGACUCAGACAUGGAGAAGAGUGAGAGUCGAAGCAGCAGGAGGAGAGACAGGAUCAGUAAAUCCAGAACCUCGGACAGAGACGAAGCCCGCAGGAAGUCUGAGAGCAGGAGAGAGUCGGGACCGAGAAAGACUCCGGAGAGAGAGUCGGGACCGAGAAAGACUCCGGAGAGAGAGUCGGGACCCAGCAAGACUCCGGAGAGAGAGUCGGGACCCAGAAAGACUCCGGAGAGAGAGUCGGGACCCAGAAAGACUCCGGAGAGAGAGUUGUUGCCAAAGAUGGGUCCAGAAGACAAGAUGUUGAAAGGAAACGUCGGGAGUGAGAACAAAUCUUUUCCUGAUAAAAAACAGAAAUCACAAAAUGAAAAGGAGGCGACAGAGAAAGACGCUGCAGAAAAAGAGCCAGCGAUGAUUCCUGAGGACGCUUCAGAGACGAGUCCAGAUCAACCACAAACUGAGCAGAAAUCUCCAGAUUCUGGUGAUGCAGUGAAACUGGAACAACCUGUAGGGGGCAUCGCUGAGUCUGAGAAACCCACCAAACCUGUUGGCACAAAGUUUGUUCGGCCGGUCGUUGGUUACUUCUGUCACCUGUGUCAGGUGAUCUACGCUGACGAGGAAGAAGCCAAGCUGCAGCACUGCAGCAGCCUGACGCACUACAGGAAGUACCAGGAGAAGACGGGAAUCGAUCCGUGGACGAGCUGAGUCGCUGAAGAUGAAUUCAUCGGUUCACUGAACAAACUCCAGAGACGGAAACUAACUGAAUGAGUCACUUUGAAACACUACAUUACCCAGAAGUCCUGAUCAACCAGGUCAGACUGUGGUGAAAAAGACGUCUGCUGCUUUGAAGACUUUUUAAAAAGCUUUUCUGCUCGUGGACACUUCAGCAGAGUUCAGGGUUUGAAACCAGGAAGAUGAUCAGCGGUGCGGAUUCCCGCUUUCAAAAACAUGUUUAGUAAAAACUUCAAUUUGCUGUUACGACUUCGUUUAUUUUUGCAGCGUCAGCUAGCCCCCUCCAAUGGGUGGCAGGUGGGCGUGUCCUCAUGCUCAGUCAGACUCCACCCCUGCACAUCCAAAUAUGGUUACUUUUGUUUUGUUUUUUUAAAGAUGGCGCUGAACAACAUGUGAUGCUUCAGAACAGAAACUCACAAACCACCGGUGACAUCACAGUUUCUGUUGAUGUUUAGUGUGAAGACGAUGAUGUCACAGUCAAAUUUGAUGAAACUUGUUUAAUUUUAUAAAAGAAAUAAACAAAACUUCAAAACAU